UUGAAGCAAAAGAUGAUAAGAAACAUGGACCAAGAGAUCCGCAACCAUCUUAGAUUGAAGGCUAGUGAGAGCAGAUUUGACGUUAAAGACACAGUUUUAAACAUGGUAGUGGCGUCAAUGACAUCAAUGGUGAUAAGUAACCUCAAUCCAGAGACUCAAACGAAGCUUAUGGAUAAUAUCAAGUCCUUCAAUUAUGAUUGGUUUCAGUCACCUCUUGCCCUUUCUACGUGGAAGCUUUUUUACAAAGUCCUUAAGGCACGCAGAGAAGCAAUCGAUGUGAUAAAGGAUGUUCUAACGAGGAGGAAAGAGUCGAAAGAGAAGCAUGGAGACUUUGUAGACACGAUGCUGGAAGAUUUGGAGAAAGAAAACACUAUUUUUGACCAAGGAUCGGCUAUAAGCCUCAUUUUCAGUAUACUAGUCGUGGCUAAAGAAGGUGUUCCUAAUAUCACUUCCAUAGCUGUGAAAUUCUUAUCUCAAAACCCAAAAGCCCUUGCAGAGCUGAAGAGAGAGCACAUGGCGAUCCUACGGAACAGAAAAGAUAAAGGUGGAGUUAGUUGGGAGGAAUACAGACACAGUAUGAGUUUCACUAACAUGGUUAUCAGUGAGUCACUUCGGCUGGCAAACUUGAGUCCUGUGAUGUUUAGAAAAGCGUUGAGGGAUGUCGAGAUCAAAGGAUACACAAUUCCAGCGGGCUGGAUAGUGGCGGUUGUGCCUGCAAUGGUUCAUUUUGAUGAAGCAACAUAUGAGAACCCUUUGGAGUUUAAUCCAUGGAGAUGGGAGGGAAAAGAAAUGAUUUGGGGAUCUAAAACAUUUAUGGUGUUUGGAGGUGGAGUGAGAUUGUGUGUAGGCGCAGAGUUUGCAAGACUUCACAUCGCAUUAUUCCUGCAUCAUCUUGUCACCACUUACGAUUUCUCGUUGGUCCAAGAUUGCGAGUUGAUACGAACACCAUUCCUUCACUUUACCAAAGGCCUCCUUUUAAACAUCUCAGAGUCUUCCAAGUGAGGACUAUAGUUUUCAAAAUAUUAAAUAAUCAGAUCAUAAUAUUAUGUAACGUAACAAUAAUCUUCUAAUUUCCUGCCUCAGACUCAGAGGAAUGUGUGUGUGAGUCUUUAAACAUCUUUUUAUAAAACGCUUUAAAGCUUUUGAUCA